AUGCCUAGGGGCAACAAGAGCAAGGGCCGCUCCCGGGCCAAAAGGCAACAGACUCGGGGAGAGAGGCAGAAUCUCCAGGGUGCUCAGUCCGCUGCAGAGGAGGAAGCAACAUCGCCCCCUCUUGGCCAGGGGGAUGACCCCAGCUCCCCUGAAGGCUGCACUCCUCAGGGGUCUCAGGAGGCCAUGCCCCAUGGCUCUCCUGAGUUAGAUGUGCCCCGCUCAAUCUUUGAUGUUGGUGCUGAGGGUUCUGAUGUUGGUGCUGAGGGUUCUGUUGCAGGUGCUGAUGAGACAAGUGCUGUCAGUGCUGAAGGUUCUGGUGCUGGUACUGGUGCCGAGGAUUCUGUUGCAGAUGAUGACAGACGUGCUCAUGCCUCCAAGAUAGCAGCUGCCAUUCUGUCUGCACGCAGAGAUCCUCUGACCAGGAAGGCCAAUGUAUUGAUAGAGUUCAUGCUGGAGAAAUUUAAGGUGAAAAAGGCCUUCACACAGGCAGAUAUGCUUAGGAUGAUCAGCAGGAAGUACAAGGUGCACUUCACUGAGAUCCUCAGGAGAAUCUCUGUGCGUCUGGAGUUGGUCUUUGGCCUUGAGUUGAAAGAAGUAGAUCCCAGUUCUCAGUCAUAUAUGCUUGUGAGCAAGCUGGGUCUCUCCACUGAGGGAAGUCUGAGUAACAGUACUGGGUUGCCCAAGACAGGGCUUCUGAUGACCCUCCUGGGUGUGAUCUUCAUGAAGGGGAACCGUGCCACUGAGAAAGAUGUUUCGGAAUUCCUGAAAGUAGUGGGGAUUUAUCCUGGGAAGAGUCAUGUAAUUUUUGGGGAGCCUUGGGAGUUCAUCACCAAAGAUUUGGUGAAGGAAAAUUAUGUGAUAUACCGUCAAGUUCUUGGCAGUGACCCCCCAAGCUAUGAGUUCAGGUGGGGUCCCAGAGCCUAUGCUGAAACCACCAAGAUGAAAGUCCUGGAAGUUGUAGCUAAGAUCAAUAAUACUUUCCCCAGUUUCUUCCCUAGUAUGUAUGAAGAGGCUAUGCUUGAUGAGGCUAAUAGAGCAGCUCGGCGAUUUACAGCUGUACCUGGCAAUGCUGUUGAUAUCAGUGAUAUCAGGGAAGUUAGGGCUCAUCAUCGCAAGUGCAUGGCUCAUAGCUCCUCCCACAUUUAG